CUGUGGCUUCUCUGGCGAGUCGCACGGUCGGGCAUGUUCCACCGGGUCGUCCGGUUGUCGCCGGGGAUCGCGCAUUAAAAUCGAUAUCGCGGCGGAUCGCGGCGAUCCGCCAAUACGACCGCGACUUUUAUCUCCGACCGCGACGUCGUUCCCGCAUAGGUGCGUCGCACGGCUUCCGGCGGUGGCGCGGCCGUGAAAUUCGAAAUCGAGCGAGGUGCGCGUCGAUUCGCGCGUGCGUUCAAAAGUGCUUCGGUCACGGCGCGUCGCGUGUUUCGCGGCCGCCGACGAUUCCCAGGAGAAAAGUGCGCCGCCGACGGAAUUUCUAAAUCGGCCGAGGAGAAAGGCGCCGCUUUCUAUCGGCGCUCGAUUUUCCGCGAGGCCCGAGCGGCGGCGAUCGAUCCGUCGGAGGUCCCCGACGCCGACGUACCCACGGCCGCGCGCGACCUUUAACUGCAGCCCGACCGCGGAGCCGUCAGCCGCUAAACAAACGAUUAAAUUUACAUUGUGACGCAACGCUCGCCUGGUGACCGUCGACGGCGGCCCGCGGAGAAGCCAGUUACGAGCCCGCGUACGUCACGGUGGAAAGGGGCGUCCGCGAUCUCCGUUUUCUCGAUCGCCUUCCCGCGGCGAAUCGACGCGCCGCGUCACCGUUGCUCAGCGCCGCGCUCGUUUAACGGAUCGACGGGAGUUUCGAACGGGGCAACGCGGUCCUCUUCUCCCUUCGGGGAAAAGUGAAAUUUCGCUCGGUGGAUCACCCGGUGGAUAAAUGCGACCGCGCGGCCGCUCGAGCCGCGUUUAGAGCCGUUUUUGCCGCGCGCUGGAUGGAUUUCGUGCGGUUUUCCUUCGGGGAACUGGGUCAUUGGCGAUCCGCGCCGGUCGCGCGCCGAUAGUAUCAGGAAAAUUCUGAUCCGACGUGUCGGCUACACUGCGACGGGCAUUGUGUGAAAGGGAAUCCAGUUGUACCGCUGUAUUUGAAUACCCGCGGAGUGCUCGUGUCGGUUCAGUGUUCGGAUCUUACUUGGCGAACCUUGGGGAACUCGUUCGUGUCAGAAAGCACUUAGGAUGAAGUGUGCCUUUUUAUGUUCGAUACGUUCAUUGUGAUUCGUUAAGUAUUCCAAGUGAAAGGAGUAUCGAGACUUGUCGAUGAAUUUUAAUUCCUCUUCGGCGUCCAGCGUGGAAUUCUGCAGGAACUUGCUACGUCUGACUAGUUCAAACAAGAGGGUCUAUGGGAUAAAGACUGAUCCAGGAUCAACGUACCGAUCGUAUUCCGACGCUUGUCCGACUACUUAUUAAUCUCUGGCUACUGUACGCGCGAUCCGAUCGUAGGACACUUGUUUGGCAAACAUUGCGCAAGACCUACUUGGAUGUCCCUGACGACCAAUCCAAACAAGAGAAUUUGUAGGGUAAAGUUUGGGUCCAGGCUUGAAAUGUUGAUUGUGCGUCGAGGAUCGAGUGUUAAACAUCGAGGUGUCUAAAUAUAUUCCAGUUCUUCGCUGCCUCCAUCGCCGAAGAACAGUUUUCGCUUAGCGACUCUACUUGGCAGAAUUAUCCAUAUUCCCAACAGGAAGCAUUACAGACAAGAUCCGAUAGAAGUACGAUCCAAUUCCGAAAGGUCAAUUACAUCGCAAGAAACGCCGAAGGAAAGCGGACAGUCCAACUACAUUAUAAUCUUCUUUCUCUUAUCGAACCUUUAUCUAAGAAACUUAUCGUUUGCUCAAGAGAAUCAGUUCAAACAAGAUCUCCGGAUAAUAUCGAGUCCAUUUCCGCGAUCGUAUUCCAAGAAACAUCGAACUCAAGAACAAAAACUGAAUUACGCUUCACUUCCGGCGCGGAGCUCGCGCUGAAACCCGCAAAGAACAGAAAAAUCCAUUUGUGUUGCCUCGAGUAUCCGCGUCUGUGAGAACUCUUGCUCACCGGAUCCUUGUUUAGACAAACUUUUUUCAUUCCUGAGUCGUCGACGUAACAAAGGUGAACAAAGUCGAAUGUGACCGGCGCAGGGGAACAAUUAAAAUACAGCGAAGAGAAACGGAGAUCGGGUCGCUUCGCAGUCGUCGAAGUGAACCACGCAUCUCGGUGUCCGUGGAGGCGCGACAAUCCUUGCGAAUUAUGCGCCCGAGUGUUGAAUAGCGAGCCGGGGGAGCAGUGACCGGGAUGUUAGUGAGAUUGGGGGUGACAUGGGAGCCGGCGACAUGAACAGGGAGAUACCGAGCAGCACCCUCGCGACUCUCAGGGGGAUCCUGGUGAGCUCGUUGUCGAGGGAGAACUUGGGUCCGCACGAUCUGCCCAUUCAGGAGAACGGGAGGCAUCGACCUCUGCGGAAGGUGCACUUUCACGAAGCUGGAGCCGCUUCUGAGGAAACUAACCAAAGGUCCAGUUCUGCACACAAUCGCCACUCUCUCACGAAGGAGCAAACGAUGCACUGGUUCGCCCAAAUCGGAGGUGACGAGGCCGCUCCCGACUCGUCAGAUGUGAAGCGACGACGAAGUCUCUACGACGAGGACUCCCUCGACGGCGAGCCGCAUAGCGAGAGCGAAGGACGGGACUCGUCGGGAAGCGCGAAAGACGUGGACAGGGCGAAGCUCGUCCGCGAGAGACAGAACGAAGAGCGACAGCGGAAGUUGGAAGAGCUGAGACAGCAGGCCCUCGCCGCGCAGCGUUUCCGAGAGCAGCGGGAGGAGGAACGCCGGAGGCGCAUCGACGAACUCAGAUCGCGUGACAACGACAGGUUUGUACGAAACCAAGUGGAAGAAAGAAAACGUUUGAUAUGCGAGGCGGAGAGGGAGAGAAGGGAGGCGAUCCUCCGGAAGAACCAGGAGCGAGAGGCGCGCAUAGAGGCGAAGAAGAGGAACGAGAGGUCGCACAUCGUGUUCGCGUUCGGAAGCUCCACGCCGAGGAUGCUGGAGCCUGCCGACACCGGUGGCUCCACUUUCUGGGGAACGCGUAGAGCAACGUCCACCACGAACGUGAUGAUGUUUUCGGCCGCUCAGCCGUUGACGAGGAGGUCCUCCGAAAGGGAGCUCGACGGCAGCAAGAAACGAGCCACUUCCGCCGGCGGUCUAGACCGGAAGCUCGGCGAAGAUAUGAAAAUGUCCUCGUCCAUGUACGAGGUGUUCAAUUGGAAUUCUAGCCCCGAUCCUCCCUUAACCCCCGCCAAACAUAAGAGAGCCAGCCUCUCUCUGCCUCCUACAACUGACAUCUUUGCCAUCGAUGAUAAGUCUGAUAGCGACACUAGGCGUCCGAUGAUUCAGCGGGCUGCCAGUGGUGAAGAGAGCGACGGGACACCGGGAACACCUAGCUCGGUUUACCUGCGCGUGAACAGGAGGCGCACCGAUCUGAUGCCGACGAUACCGUCGCCGCGCGAUGGCCCGCCGUCGUCGGGACGCAGCUCCAGCGCGAAGGCCUUCACACGCUCGCCAGGUAGGACUUACUCCAUGUCCAGGCUGGACCAGCUCGCGCAGCCUAGGAAACGUCCGACAGAACUUAGCACACUGACGGAACAGCAAAGCCAGCCUCUGAGCGCUUCUAGCAUGAGUCGCAGCAUGUCACACUUAGCUGCGUCCGGCGGCAAGAGCCUAAAACGCUCAGAUAACUCACGUAGCAUGGGCACGCUGCCGGGCGCAGUCCCGAUGCCGAGACCAACGAAGGCCGAGAAACUCCGUCGCAAAGCACGCGAGCAUCAGAUCCAACAGCAGCAAGGCAUCCGCAGCGGGGAGGUGACACCGAACAGCCCAUCACGACCGCACAGCUCCAUGAGCCAGCAAAGCGCCAGCAGCGUGGGCAGCAGUAACGUCAAUCUGCGUCCCCGUACAACUGCCCCGCGUCGGCCGCGACCUGCUUCUAUUGCCGGUACCGGUGUUUCGGUCACAGAACGACACAAUCUGUCCGGCGAUGCGAAACUGACAAAGGAUUCAAAGCCGCCACUGCCAAAGGUCCACAACACUCCAAAGAAACCUUCCACGCCGAAGAUGACCGAGAUCAAGAAGCCCACGGAAAAGCUCGCGAAGAACGCGAAAGCGUCCCCGCGGAUAACCCCGAAAGCGACGCCGCUCCAGAGCCCGGGGAUCGAGCAUGAGCCGUUCAUUCGAGAGAGCACAGGGGAGAUAAUCAAGAACGAGGGGAAGGAAGAAAUAAAGUCGGAUGAUAAGCAGCACGAGGAGAAGAAAGACCAGGGCACGGAAAAGUCGCAGCAGGAGAUCAGCGCAGCGGAACAAGGUAUCGAAGAAGCGAAGAAGUCGGCCAUCGUUGAACAGCCCAAUCCUGCACCGGUGACAAAACAAGUGAAAGAAGAGAGCAAUUUGGGUCAGGAGAAUCAAGCAGCCGUACCGUCACAAGAGACACCCAAGAAGAAAGAGGACAAGCAAGAGAAGAAGCCUCCAGCGGAAACUGAAGCGAAACAAGAAAACAUUAUUGAAGAACAGGUCGACAUGUCUGCCUCGAUGAUAGCGAAGAUCAGAAUUACCACAGAGGAGGAGGCCAAAGCAGCUAUCGCGGAACGUAGAAGAUUGGCCAGAGAGCAAGCAGAACGGGAAGCCGAACUCGAACGUCAACGUCUGGAGGAGGAAGCACGUUUGGAAGCCGAGAGACUACGCGCCGAAGAGGAAGAGCAACGGCGUUUGGAAGAGGAAUCGCUCCGUUUGGCCAACGAAGCUCGAGAAGCCGAAGAACAGAGACUGAGACUGGCUAUCGAGGAGGCGAAACGUCGCGAGGAGGAGGACAGGAGAAGAAAAGAAGAAGAGGCUCGUCAGAAACAGGAGAAAGAAGAGGCUGAACGGAAAGCGAGGGAAGAAGCCGAAAGACAGCGGAUCGAAAUGGCUGAACGUCUCAAAAAGGAAGAAGAGGAAAGACUCGCCAGACGUAAGCGCGUCGAGGCAAUCAUGCUUAGAACUCGGGGGAAAAAUCAGAGCAACACACCCACCAAGGGCGAAGGUGGUGACGGCGACAAGUUGAAAGAAGACAACAGCCCGAACGAUGAGAACAAACCAGCACCAGGUAACAAAGGCGAAGACGUGAUGACAGCCAGCCUGAUAUCCGAGGCGACUCAGCAAUUCAUUAGCGGUGAACAGCGGGCUCAUCACACGGAGAACAGCACGAAAACGGAUAUUGUGCAUAACGGCACGCAUAGUAACGGCAUUAAUGAAAGUAAAAUUGUAUUGGAUAAUAAUCAGGGUAACGUGGAGGGAGAACUGAACGGUCAUCAUACGAAUCACGGAAACGGUAUCAACAAUCAAUCGAUUACACUGGAUAAUGCCACCGUCAAACAAAACAACGUGACCAACAACCUGUUAGACCUAACGGAAUUCGACUCUCUCAGUAAUAGCAGUAGUGGCCCAAUACUCCAACUGACCAGCAAUCUGGCCAACGAAGACACCCUCAACUCGAACCUAAACCCAGCAGCUAUACCCUUCACUCCAAUGGCCAACACAUACAUGCCCACUGCUGCUAAUGCCAAUGUAAAUCCGUUCCAGGAUUCUUUUAUAAACAACAAACCGCAAGAUAAUAGUCAAGUACCAGAUCUUUUAUCAUAAUGCGCAUAUUAAAACAUUCUGGUGAAACGGAGGAAGAACAGAGUUUGGAUUCGAAACAAAGAAUACCGUGUUGCUUCCAGCAAGCGAUACAGGUACACGGAAUAAUAAUAAUAAGAAUAAUAAUAAUAAGAAUAAUAACAACGUUCGAAACGACGUCAUUUAAGAGAUAAUGUAAAUAAGCGCUAUCGAUGUGUAGAAACGGAGAUCUAAGUAGAGAAAAUCGGGGCACUACGUCGAAUCAAUGAGAAAGACUACCGAUGUCCUUUAAACGUUGUCACGAGAAUUGUAAAAUAAUAUAUAAUGUUAAUUAAUAAUAUUAUGCAACCAGUAAAUAGGCACUCAGUCCGUUAUAGUAUGCUGUUAGGAUAUACGAAUCGAAUGUUUCUGGAGGGCCUUUCAAUGGGAAAGCAUGGCCUGUUUUCGAACGUGAAUUAUCAUUUGACGUACACACAUACUUACACGCGUAAAGAUUUUCAUUGUAUC